CUGAGAAACACAGAUAUAGAAGAGAGAGAGAGAGAGAGAGAGAUGGGAAGAGCCUUCGUUUAUGUGAUUCUUGGUGGGGGUGUUGCUGCUGGUUAUGCCGCUCUCGAAUUUUCAAAAAGAGGAAUCUCUCAUGGUGAACUCUGCAUCAUCUCUGAAGAGACAGUUGCACCUUACGAAAGACCUGCACUAAGUAAAGGCUUUUUACUUCCUGAAGAUCCUGCACGUCUCCCAUCUUUCCACACAUGUGUAGGCGUAAAUGAGGAAAGGUUGACUCCAAAAUGGUACAAGGAACAUGGAAUUGAAUUGGUUCUUGGAACUCGAGUCAAAUCUGCUGAUGUAAAGCGGAAGACUUUGCUAACAGCUGCUGGAGAAACUAUAAGUUAUAAGAUUCUUAUCAUAGCGACUGGUGCUCGGGCUUUGAAGCUUGAAGAAAUUGGAGUGAAUGGAUCAGGCGCAGAAAAUGUGUGUUAUUUGCGAGAUAUAACAGAUGCAACCAGGCUUGUUAGUGUGAUGCAAUCUUGUGUUGGUGGUAAUGCUGUUGUCAUUGGUGGUGGCUACAUAGGCAUGGAGUGUGCUGCCUCUUUGGUAAUAAAUAAGAUAAAUGUAACCAUUGUCUUCCCUGGGGCAUAUUGCAUGGCUCGUUUGUUUACCCCAAGAAUUGCCACUUUUUACGAGGACUUCUACAAGAAAAAGGGAGUGAAGUUCAUAAAGGGAACGGUGCUGUCAUCAUUUGAAAAUGACUCCCGUGGGAAGGUGACAGCAGUUGUCCUUAGAGAUGGGACUAGACUAUCGGCAGACAUGGUCAUGGUGGGAAUUGGAAGCCAUCCAAACACAAGUCUUUUUGAGGGCCAACUAACUUUGGAGAAGGGUGGGAUCAAAGUGAAUGGACAUAUGCAAACGAGUGACCGUUCAGUCUAUGCUGUGGGAGAUGUUGCAGCUUUUCCAGUCAAACUCUUUGGCGAGAUUCGUAGGCUUGAGCAUGUUGAUUCCGCACGGAAGUCAGCAAGGCAUGCUGUUGCUGCAAUAAUGGCACCAGACAAGGCUGGUGACUUGGAUUACCUACCAUUCUUUUACUCAAGAGUCUUCACAUUGUCGUGGCAGUUCUAUGGAGACAAUGUAGGGGAGGUUGUUCAUUAUGGAGAUUUCUCUGGGAAAUCUUUUGGAGCUUAUUGGAUUAACAAGGGUCAACUUGUGGGGUCUUUCCUGGAAGGUGGAACUAAAGAGGAGUUUGAGGCUAUAGCUAAGGUCACCAGGCUCCGGCCACUGGUUUCUGACAUUGCAGAGCUAGAAAGACAGGGCCUGCAUUACACAUUGUCAAUUAGUCGGCAACCACCACCACCACCACCACUACCACCACCUGUCAAUAUUACCAAUUCGAGUCUUGCAUUCCUGAAGCCGAUGUACACUUGGCAUGCAACAGCUGGGGUAGUUGUAGCUGCCUCAAUAGCACUGUUUGCAUAUUGGUACGGGAAGACACGCCUCAGGUGGUAAUUUGUCUUGCUGUUUAGAAAGUCCUAGAGCUAUCUUUUUAUUUAAUACUGUAACAUUCAUGUUGUAGCAGCAAAGGGUGUACAAGUUCCAGAAUACCUUACUGUUACUCUUAUCAUCUUAUUCAUGCAAUGUAAAUAUUUGAUGUUAAAUU